UCCAAUGGACGCCAAGUUCAGGUUGAAAGAAUUGAAUAAUAUUGCAAGCUAGCCAGACACUUACUUUAUUCGCGAAGUCAGUGGUCUAUAUUUGUGAAGAAUAUAGAUGUUCUAUCGCUAAUGUUGUUAUGAUAGUUUCUAUUUGAGCGAACGUUUUUCAUUUCAAAUCUUAGGCCGAGGAGUGAAUGAUAUUAAUCAAGGAAGUCACUAGCUGGUUAGCCAAAAGCGUUAGCUAGCAGCAGUAUCUAGCUAGCUCUUUGUUUUGACUGUGAUGGUCUGAUGAUGUUGAAUAGCUUGGACAGCUGAUGGGUCUCGAGCUAGUGUUUAUAUGAACAUAUAUAUAUUAUGUUUUAAUGGGUUGUUAAAUAGUAUUUAAUGUGUAAUAACAUUACUUCUUCAACGAGGGGAAGAUACAUUUGGUUGUAAACGAACAAUAGCAAGUUUACAAGCUAGCUAAACAACGAGGGACUGAGAAGUGGACAUGGGCAAUUGUCUCAAAUCGCCGACGUCCGACGAUAUAUCUUUGCUUCACGAAUCCCAGUCUGACAGAGCAAGUUAUGGGGAGGCAGACCCGGAUUUGGAGCCACCUCCGCCUUACCAGGAGGCCCACAUGCCGGUGUACCACCCCACCCCCAGCCAGGCCCGCCUGGCCAGCCAGCUGACUGAGGAGGAGCAGGUCCGUAUCGCCCAGCGUAUCGGCCUCAUCCAGCACCUCCCCCGGGGUGUCUACGACGGAGGACGGGACGGCUCUGAGAAGAAAAUCAGAGAGUGUGUGAUAUGUAUGAUGGACUUUGUGUACGGGGACCCCAUCCGGUUUCUGCCCUGUAUGCACAUCUACCACAUGGACUGUAUAGACGACUGGCUGAUGAGGUCCUUCACCUGUCCCUCCUGCAUGGAGCCUGUGGACGCCGCCCUGCUCUCCACUUACGAGACCAACUGACCACGGACCCUAAAUACAACACUACCCCCUUCUGCCGAGCUCUGCCUUGCCACCCCCCUACAAACACACGCACACAUACACACACACUUCCACCAGCCCCAACAAACACACACAUGCUGCCCCCUUCCCCUCUGCUUUUUACCUUGGGAUAAGGAGCAGCACAGUGUCUUGGUCGGUGAUGACAUACGAGAGAGAGACUAUGGAAACACUAGUGAUUAACAAUGAAAAGACUUUGACCCAUCCACCCAUCACCUGGAACUGGCUCUGAACUGGGACUGGCUCUGAACUGGAACUGUCUCUGAACUG